UACUGUAUAUCGCAAAUAGGAAGAGAGAUAACGGACUCCUUUGCUUUCUCUUUCUUUUCCCUCUCGCUCAUUUGCGAUCAUCGAUCGAUCAAGAUUAACCCCCCUUUUUUAAAACGUAGGCUUCCCGCGGUUCUGUCAGGAGAAAUACAUUAAAAUUCCUACAACAAAGAUAUACAUGAUGCAUUAACUCAGUGCAUGAAAUCAACCGUUCUGGCUUACUGUGGUUUUUAAAGAGCCCAGCGCAUUUACUGCAAGAGCAACCACCCAUGAUGCAAGCUGCAAGUUUUGUAACAGUGGUGGCGGCCAUUUUCCACCACCUUUCUAAAGUGGGAUAUGAGAUCAUCACUCCCAUUACAGUACAGCAAGAGCAAGGAGCCUUCUCCAAAAGUCCCUCCAUGGGGCCUUCUCCAAAAUGCCUAGAGGUGUCUCCAUCAGAGCAAGAUUUUUGUCCUGUAUUCCACACUGAAAACUCUCUGGCCACCACUAGCUCGGAUCUCAAAAUGCAUAGUCUGGCCAAGUUGAAAGACUGCCCCUGGGACAAGUGGAUGCCAGUUUGCUAUAAGGAAGAAAAUUCAUAUUCAGUCUUUCUCCGGUCUUUCUCCGGUCUUUCUCCCGGAGAUCAGAACCAGUGUGACAUACACCAGAACGUCUCCAGCAGCACUCAGUCGGACAGCACGUACGGUGUCAUUUGCAAUGCCCUUAUCUGGAUUGCAGUUCACUUCCUGUGGAGACAAUACCAGAGAUUCAACUCCCGAGAUCCCGCUCGGCAAGAAGAAGACAUCCUUGCCGAAGGAUCAGUCUGUCCACUUCUUCUGGAUGAGGGAGUCCUGGAAGACUUCUACGAGAGAUGCAUCCGCAGCGCGGCACCUGAGAACUGGAGGGUACUGGACUUUGUGGAGGGCUUUUCCGGUGACCUGCUGCAAGCUCUGAGACGCACACUCGACAGGGAAGCCGACUUACAGGUUGAAGACUGUAUCGGGGUGGGGAGCAUGUACGAGUCCUGGGGAGUGUGCAAGCCCCUCUCAUGUGAUCUGAUCGUCUCCUUAGCCCCGCCAAAGCCGUAUCGUUUCUGUUUCCAGCUUUGGUGUGGCUCCGGAAAUGGCAUCCCUCAGCAAGCCUGGGGGAGGAUCCAGCUCGACAGCACCAUUCAGGACAAAACUGGGUGCCACUGUGAUACGGCAGGGCGAGGAGAGGACUUGCUGUGUUUGUUGCACGGGCCAUGUACAAUGACAAAAGAAAACAUCUUAGAGAACCUUUUGUGCUCAAAAGAUACAGCACACCUAGCCAAAGAUCAGGUCAUGAAGUGGUUCCAACUUGGCAUCACAAAAGCAUGGGGACAGAUAUCUCACAAAUAUGAAUUUGAGCUCAUUUUUCGUAACAUGGCCUCCCCAGGGGCAUUGAAGGUCAGGUUUAGAUCGGGGAAGACGAUCAUCUUCAACCUCAAUCCAGCAAUCCGGUUUGAAGAUUCAGACGUCUAUUUUGUCUCACGAUUCCCAUCGAACAUAAACAGCUCUUCAGACACCAACUGGCCCCUUUCCUUUGCCGUCUAUGAGAGUCACUUGCUGAAAUACUUGGCUAAAAGUUUGCCAGGAAACUCAUGCCAUGUUCGCUGCCUUCAGAUUGUCUCAUUCCUGCACAAGAAGCAGACGGGGCUGACCGGUAAAACCUCCCUGAGUGUCUAUCACUUCAAGACCGCACUAUUCCAUCUGCUCUUGGACAAAAGACCCUUAGAUUGGUCCUCUAAUCGCCUAGAACACCGAGCCCGUGACAUUCUGGAGUUUGUCUGGAAGAGUCUUCGGAAGAAAGAACUCCGGCACGCUUUAGUUGGGAAUGGUCGAGUUCCCGAAGAAAUCGGGAUUCCAGCCAGCUUACGCACUGCACGGCCCAUCAAUCUUUUCCAUCCUCUUGCUUUACGGAAACAUCUGUACACCGAAGCGGUGAAGCACUUUCAGGAAAUGCUCAGGAAUGCCGCUGUGCUCAUAGAGGAAUAUUCACAACACUUGUCUGGUGGAAAUUAAUUGCAAUUCAGGUUUACGGACUCAAAUCACAGCUAUUUGUAAGCCAUCGUACAGCAGUUUUGUUGACAAAAUUGAAUAUUUCAUUAGCAUUUAAAACUGCAAUGUCUGUGUAAUUGAAUUAUUGAAUUAUGAAAGAGGCGUGUUCAAAAUAAUAGCAGUGUGGAGUUCAAUUAGUGAGGUCAUUCAUUCUGUGAAAAAACAGGUGGCCCUUAUUUAAGGAUGAAGCCAGCACAUGUUUGCAUGCAUUUCUCUCUGAAAACCUGAGAAACAGUACACUCUGAAGACAGUGAAGCAUGGUGGUGCAAGCAUCAUGAUAUGGGGAUGUUUCUCUUACUAUGGUGUCGGGCCUAUUUAUCGCAUACAAGGGAUGUAUCAUGGAUCAGUUUGCCUAUAUCAAAAUACUUGAAGAGGAAAUGCCCUUGAAAUGGGUGUUUCAACAAGACAAUGACCCCAAACACACCAGUAAGUGAGCAGCAUCUUGAUUCCAGACCAACAAAAUUAAAGUUAUGGAGUGGCCAGCCCAAUCCCCAGACCUUAAUCCGAUUGAAAACUUGUGGGGUGACAUCAAAAAUGCUGUUUCUGAGGCAAAACCAAGAAAUGCAGAGGAAUUGUGGAAUGUUGUCAAAUCAUCCUGGGCUGAAAUACCUGUUCAUAGGUGCCAGAAGUUGGUCGAUUCCAUGCAACACAGAUGUGAAGCAGUUCUCAGAAACCGUGGUUAUACAACUAAAUAUUAGUUUAGUGAUUCACAGGAAUGCUAAAUCCUGAAGAUUUUUCAGUUUAUACAGUAAAUAUUUGAGUUUGUAAAGAAAAAUGCUAUUUUUUUUUAACAGCCCAAUAUUCAUUUUUCUUCAUUUUCUGUAAAGUAAUUAAAAAAUUGACACAUUUUUCUUCAUGUUUUGAUUUAGGAUAUAAUGUGCAGUGUUCCCAAUGCAUCGAAAUAAAAACUAUUAUAAGGAUUUUGAGCUUUACUCACAUUUUUAAACACACUGCUAUUAUUUUGAACACAACUGUGUGUAUAUAUAUAUAUAUAUAUAUAUAUAUGCAGUCUGAGAGACUUAAGUCUUCUGCUGCUGUAGCCUAUUAACUUGGAGAUUUGACACGUUGUGAGUUCAGAGAUGCUGAAUGCACUGUUGUAAUGCAUGGUUAUUUGCUUCCUGUCAUUUGGUCUGAAAAACAGCUGAACCGCUUGUCCACAUCUGCAUGCUUUCAUGCUUUUAGUUGCUGCCACAUGAUUAGCUGAUUAAAUAUUUGCAUUGACGAGCAGGCCUUCCUAAUAAAGUUCUCACUGAGUGUUCAAA